UGUUGUUCGCGCGCGCGCGCGCCAACCAAAGUGGUGACGAACCGCAGUCGCGACAACCCCGGGUACCGCCGCCGUGUGCGCGAUGUAAACACCGCAGCUCCCCUGUCGCCUUCUGUUCGCUUUCUUGCGUGUCGUGGGCACUACGCUUCAGCAGCCAAGUUGCCGAUGUCGAGGGCUGCGAGCCACGACGAGAGGCCUUCGGGAGAGUUCGUGUAGUUUGGAUACUGUUUGGCGAAGGAGCGUGGGCUUGCGCUGGUUUGCUCGUAUAGCUUGGGUCGCACGGCCAACAGUCGAUCUACCGUGGGCCUUCUCUCUGUAAUUGCCUUCGCGUUGGCACAACCGCGCUCUUUAUUAUAGCCAAGAGUCGCCUAAGUGGCCGAGAAGUACGCGGUGCUCGGCCUCGAGCGGCCUCGGCUCGCGGUGGUAACACUCCCUUGAAGACGCGGCCCUGCAACACAAGCUGCUCGUGGUGUUGUGUUGCUCCGGGUUGCUGCUCGUGGUGUUGUGUUGCUCCGGGUUGCUGCUCGUGGUGUUGUGUUGCCGCGAGUUGCUCCGGGUUGCUAUUGUGAUGAAGCAGCUGUCAGCGGAGACGGUGCGGCUGCUGUCGAGUGCGCAGGUCGCCUCCUCGGUGUGGAGCGUCGUCAAGGAGCUGCUGGAGAACUCGCUGGAUGCCCACGCCACCAGCGUGGAGAUCAAGCUGGAAAAUUAUGGGUUUGAUAAAAUCGAGGUACGAGACAAUGGAGAUGGCGUGAGAAGUGAAGAUACACAAUUCAUGGCUGUGCGUCACUACACCUCCAAGAUCAGCAGCCACGAGGACCUUGAGGAUAUCGCUACGUAUGGUUUCCGAGGGGAGGGCCUGGGCUCCAUCUGCGCUGUUGCCGAGGUGUCCAUCACAACCUGUACAGCAGAAGAUGAGGUCAGCAUGAUAUACAGCUUGGAUUCUCAAGGCCAUGUUACGUCAAGGAAACCUUCUCACUUAGGAAAAGGUACGACAGUGUGCAUCACGAAAUUGUUCAAGAACCUACCUGUACGGAAGCAGUUUUACUCAACGGCCAAGAAGUGCAAAGAAGAGUUGAAGAAGAUUGAGGACCUCUUGGUCGCAUAUGGAGUCAUUCACCCAGACAUCAGAUUCUCCCUCGCUCACAACAAGGCUGUGGUGUGGCAGAAGCCGCGCGUGGCGGAUCAGCGCACUGCUCUGCUGCGGUGCCUGGGCACCACUGUGAUGGGCAGCAUGAUACCCGUGCAGCACCAAGCGUCCACCAUGCAGCUGAGUAUUAGUGGAUUUGUGCCAAAACCUGGCGCUGAUCCUGGAAUCACAAGCAGCACCAGCAGUGACCGAUGUCUCCUCGCCAUUAAUGGUCGUCCUGUGCACUACAAAGACCUACUCAAGUUAGUGCGGCAGUAUUACAGGAACACGUCACCCAGCAGCUCCACACACACCCACUACCCUGUCUUUUUCCUGAGCCUGAGCAUUCCCGCGAAUACCAUAGAUGUCAACCUGACUCCAGACAAGAUGCAAGUCAUGUUGCACAACAAGGAGGCUAUCCUUGCUGAGCUGGAUGAAAUGUUGCUGCAGGUGUAUGGGCCUCUCAUUGUUCAAAAUGAAGAACAAGUUGAAGGAAUGGCUUCCGUAUCCUCUAUAGGCAUAAGUUGUGAAAAUAACAAUAAGACAGAUGACCCCAAAGAUGACAUGACAACAACAUUACCAACCUCUUUGUCUCAUCGAAGUAAGGGUGAGAAUACUGAAACAAAAAGCAUCACCAUUUCCAAAAAUACAAGUGUUCAUGCAUUUGUUGGUGAAAAUCAAGAACUUGAUAAGCUUGAUGACUUUUUAGGUGACUGCCUUUAUACGAGUAAAGAGCCAAAUGAAUCCUCAGUGAGUGGACUUGGGCAUGACUGCCCCAUUGUUAAUACAAAUGAAUUUGGCUUGAUACUCUCUGAGAGUGUAGGCAAUCUUGCGACUGAGCUGGAGGGAAUAGAAAAUGAACAGCCCAACUCCAAGGACACAUUUGCAGAACGAGAAAGCAGUUGUGAUAAUCCAGUGGGAAUAGCAAAAUCCACUCCGGAGCUUACCGCUGACAGCUGGAGUCGAGGCACAUGGCUCAAGGAUUCUGCAGGCUGUCCUCUGGAGCCCGUGAAAGUGUACACCCCUGGCCUCCAAUCUGCAGAUUCACGAGAGAGAAAUAUUUUCACGAGUACUGGUGGCAGCAGCUUCAAUAAAAGCCCCAGAAAAAAGACGGGGUUUCUCGAUGGGAAGGUUGUUCAGUCGACGGCGUACGACCUGCUGAGCAACCGUGCGGUGCGCAAGCCGCAGGAGGCAAGGCAGAUCUUCUUGAAAGAGCGACGUGCCAACCUGCAGGCCGAGAACCCGGGAGCGAGCCCCGAGGAGAUGCGCGUCCUGCUGUUCGACGAGUGGGAGCAGCUGCCGCCCGAGCUGCGUCGGAGGUAUGAAGAUAAGGCUACCAAGGACUUGGAAAACUACAACAAACAGCUGGAGAUGGCUGCAAAUGUGCAUUCCACGAAGAAUCAUCAACAGCAUGGUGACAACAGGCAAGUGAGCACUCCAAAAGCAGCAGCAAGGAACGGGGUUCACAAACGCAAGAUGAAUGCCAUCUCCCCUCCAGACAACCAGCCCCGUCUGGAUCAGCUGCUGCUGACGCCUAAGAGUGUGGCCCAGGCUCCCGUUCUGCCUUCCGUUCGGGAGGUGCCCUUCUCCUUGCCGUCCAUUAGGCAGAAGCUGCAGCUACUCAGGGAGUACAGCCAGUCACAGAAAUCCGAUGAUGGUCCAAAGCCAGUGAAGUUGCUAAUGCCGCUGGGCUCACGUGGCGCUUGGUUGGGCCAGGCUGGCAACUCCCUGGUGGCAAUAAAUCAUUUUCGUCUGGAGGAGGCCAUGCUGUAUCGGCGUCUUCUGCAGAACCAUGUCCUGCCCAUCGAGAACCUUGGCAUCCCCAUCCCACUCAACCAGAGUUUGCUUGGUAGUUCACAGUACCUGGAACUUCUGCCCAGCCUGCAAAGUGAGACGAGGCCACCAGACCCUUCCCUUUACAUCACCGAUCAGAGGCUGCUGGCCAACGGCUUCCACGUGCGCAUCUUGAACAAUGGGGUGAGCGGUGAGUGGGAGGCGGAGUUGGAGGGCUUGGCCACAUCCCUGCCUUACUACGGAGUGUCUGACCUGGGCGAGGUUCUCGAUGCCAUUCUGCACAAGCAUGCCACUGAGGUCGAGCACUGCCGCCCUCUCAAGCUCGUCAACUACCUCCAGGGUGAGGCAGUGCGCAUGGCGCGGCAAUUGCCACGGCAUCUCGUGCGGGAAGACAUGGAAGAGAAGCUGUGCAGGAUGAGGCGCUUCCUGCCGGACGGAAGCAACAACUGCAUUCACGGACACCCCUUCUUCCCACUGAUCGCCAGCAUCCCCACUUUAGACACGUAGCGCACACGGAUUGAAUGCAGAGGCACAGGGAUUGAGUGCAGAGACUCACAGAUUGAGUGCAGAGAUACACAACUCCAGGAGGCAAGGCUGCUGUAUAGCUAAACAACCAGGCGUGGCACAUAUGCUCAUGUAUGGGUGCUGUCACGUCACCACAAUUACAUGGUAAGGACUACUUAAGAAACUAAUCUGUCAAGCUGCAAAGCUUCUUAGACUUGAUUAACUUGAAACUCUGCUCAGCUGGAAUGGAUGACAAAUUACCGACAGUUGUACGUGUACAAUGUAAAAUACACAUUCAUGUUGCGAAUUGGAAAACAAGCGUCCUCGUCAUGAAACAUGCUUAAAAAGAGGCAGACCUCUCUUAGCACUCAAAAUGUGUUCCUGGAGAAGUGGGUGCAAAUUGAAACAGUGCUAAAAUGGUUAUAAAUUAGGCAUUUUGUGUAUAUACAGUGAGGGAAAAAAGUAUUUGAUCCCCUGCUGAUUUUGUACGUUUGCCCACUGACAAAGAAAUGAUCAGUCUAUAAUUUUAAUGGUAGGUUUAUUUGAACAGUGAGAGACAGAAU